AUAAAACUUCAGCCCAGAGGCUCCAGCUCUGCUAGCUGCAUCCUAUUUCCCUGCUCUGGAAGCCACUUCACCCGUUCUUGGAUGCCUGACUCUCCUGGCCUGUUUUUUCCCGGGCAGGUCAGUCUGUGAGGACAUCAGCUCUUUCUUUGGCGUACUGAUGGCAGCAGAGCCCCUGACUGAACUGGAGGCGGCCCUUAGGACCGCAAUCAACAUGUUCAACAUUUAUGCAGUGCAGGAAGAAUCAGCUGUCUACCUGAGCUUCAAUGGGUUUAAGGAACUGGUCACUCAGCAGCUGCCUCACAUGCUCAAGGAUGUGGGCUCUCUAGAUGAGAAGAUGAAGAGCUUGGAUGUGAACCAGGACUCGGAGCUGAAUUUCAAUGAGUACUGGAGACUGAUCGGGGAAUUGGCAAAGCCAAUGUGGGAGGAGAAGGUCCUGGAGGUCCUGAAAAAGUAAAGCCUGCUUGUCUGGAUGGGGGUCAGCAGGGUCUGCUGGGCUGGGCCAGGCAGAACUCCCCUCCCUCUAAAUAAAGCUUAUUCCUUGAAACACA